AUGUCUGAGAACAGCGACUCGAUUCGCGACGAGUCCGAUGACGAGCCUUGCGAGUCAGACUGCGAAUGCUGCGACUGCCCUUUUCCCUUCCUUACUCUCCCACGCGAAAUUCAGUUAAAAGUCCUCCGUGAAAUACCAGACUACUGGACCUACAUUUCUCUGCGACAGACCAGCAGCGAAAUCAACGAACUGUGUCUUGUGGAUGAGGAGAUAAUUUUAGUCAAUCUGAGAAAACGCCUGAUCACUCCCUUCUACGACUACUACGACUUCCACGUCUCUCUUCAUCUGCCCGAGAGAGCUGUUAAGCAGCCUCCCUCUACCGGGUGGCCGGAAAUCACCCUGGAAAACUUCCGUCCCUUCGGAAAAUCAGACUUGGCCAUUGAAGUGUUGCGCCAUUUACCGUACGUCGAAAACCUUGAAUACCGCGACAAUGAAUACAACAUCGACCGCCAGUCCAACGUCAUCGACUACUCUGCUUGGAAGCCUGGUGAUGAGUACCCCGGUAAAAUCAUGGAAGACUACUUCGAUGAGAAGCCAAUCUCUAAGCACAAAAUAGCCAUCACAUCUGGUUACGAGAGUUGCGGUGUUACUUUCCUGUUGGACACAUUGACUGGUUGUGUCUAUGAAGAAAUUCUCAGAUGCAACGCGGGAGUUUGGGAUGAACCAGUUGAAGACUACUUUGAGAGCAAAAAGGAGGAGUUCCAGAGUUUAGACAGGGUUUUCUCCCCAGGCUUCGACACGAUGGGGGGCUUAACCGACCAAAAGUAUCCGUAUGACGCGGAGAAGAUGGAGAAACAAGGCGAGCCGCGCUCACCGGCGAAAUAUUUUAUGGGAACAGAUGAAGAUGGUCUAUGGAUCCGACACCUUUAUCGAAAGUUCGGAUGGCCCUCCCCUGCCUGGAAAAAGGAAGAAGGCAUUCAAGCAAUCAAAGACUUCGCUGCGCGGAGAGUACAGGAGCAUAUCCGGUACGAACAAGACUUGGAAAUGCAAAGGAGACUUUUCGAUGCUCAAAGACAGCUGCAUACAGCUGGACAAUAG